AACAUCUGGCCGUUGCAGCGUCUUUGGUAGCGUUUUUUUCUAUUUCGUACUGGGGAUACCAUUGGAGAGGCAUCGGUCGAGCGAACCAGCGAUGAGAACUCAUUUCGUGCAAAAGGCCAUGGCUCCCCGGACCGAGACUGCAACCAUUGUGGCGACCGAAGCUCGUUCCAAGGUUGACCUUGAACCAGCCACCACCAAUGAUGAACAGAUAACGGAGCAAUUGCCAUCCAAGCAGCCGCCCAUGGAGAUCAUCUGGAUGAACGUCUUCAAGAUCCUAGUCAUCCAUGUGAUGGCCCUGUACGGCCUCUACGUAGCUCUAUUUCAUGCCAAAUGGAUGACACUUCACUUUACCAUCUUCUACAUCGUUUGCUCUGGUCUCAGUGUGACAGCUGGUGCCCAUCGCUUAUGGAGCCAUCGUUCCUACAAAGCCAAGCUACCACUCCGGGUCAUUCUCAUGCUUUUCAACUGUAUGGCUGGGCAGGUAAGGAAGACGGAACAAUUUUUAAUGUUGUGUGAUAAGUCUUACGCAAGAGGACACCGCGUCAGAUAUCGGUGCUUCACAGCGAAGCCAUCGCGUGGCAGUACAAAUCCCACAUUCAGUGUGCACCACAUGUUCACCAAGUUUGGCGACAUAAAACAGAACGUGAAUAUGCUCUUCACUAAAUUUUUUUUGUUUGCUCGCAGGUACCACAUUCCAAUGACCAUUCUGUUCUGCUUCAUCGUGCCGACCGUGCUGCCGCAUAGGCUCUGGGGCGAAAGCCGCUGGAAUGCAUUCUUCGUGGCCGCUAUUCUGCGCUGGGUGUUUCAGCUCAAUUCCACCUGGCUGGUAAACAGUGCCGCGCACAUGUGGGGCCAGAAGCCGUACGACAAGAACAUCUCGCCCGCCGAGAACUUCAUCGUGUCCUUCCUGGCCAUCGGCGAAGGCUUCCACAACUACCACCACACGUUCCCCUGGGACUACUCGACCAGCGAGCUCGGAUGGAAGCUGAACAUCUCGACGAUGUUCAUCGACCUCAUGGCUAAAAUUGGCUGGGCGUACGACCUGCGCAAGCCCACCCGCGAGAUGAUCGACCAGAGAGUGGCGCGAACGGGUGACGGAAGCCACCCGUCGCAACGGCACAACCACGAGCACGACUAUUGAUUUAGAUAGACGCGCUCUGAACACACCAUGCUCUUCUGUCAGCUCCUUGGUCCGCUACGCUCAAGCGCAGGGCACCCCUGCUCAGCAGCGCUCAACCACUGCGUGAAAUUCGCGCGUCGGCAUUCUCCGAUGGCCCGGACCCGUCUGAAAGGUUACUCAAGCCCGGCGCAGUGUUGUCGAUAAGCUACGUGACGUGACCACGUGACACCGGCAUCCACGAGGGCGCUUGUGAAGCAACCAUUGUGCUGCUCAGGUUCCUUAUUCUUUGUUCACCAUGAUGCAUGGGGUGCAGGUUACCAGACUGCGCUGAACGGCUUUGACCAUCUGGAAGACAUUAUCAGGGUGGAUAGCACACCGUCUGUGAAGGCCUAUAACUCUUUUGCGCAUAGCAGCAGGCCUCGUGAAUGCCAUCCGUUGGACCCACGUACCCAGACUAAAGACUUGUGACGCGUGAGGUUUGCGUAGCCGUGAAAAUAGUUUUGUGACCAGUAUGACAGCAGGGUCUUCCACCACCUCCUUAAAGAGCACUCGCAUUACCUUCAAAUGACGUUUAGUUUUUUUUUCUUUUUUUUGCUGGUGAUACUCGCGAGAAACUUUCACCGAGGAAACAGAAAGGCUGUGCUUGUGUUCGUGGCGCGCAAUAAGACUAUAUUCGCGUAUUUAUCGAAAGUCGUGCCUUAGGGAAAUUGUAGUCGAAGUGCUAGGGGCGUUAAUUAAUCAUCUCUCCGAAGUCUCCAGGAGGCUACUGCUAGCAAGUGCAAUCAAGAAAAUACGUGUGCGUCAACGGUUGAAGAGACUAACUACCUACUUUCUGCUCUUCACUACUUAUUUAUCGCAGAGAAGCGUUAUAAGGAAAGCACCUCUGGUCUCAUGCGAAUUGUUGUAUUGUAGUUUGUGCGUUGUCCGCAGGCCAAGCCCGCCAUGACGCGGUCACGCGCUUUUGUAUGUGAAAGAAUGAAUAUUCGUGCGCGUGUUUUCAUGUUGUUUUGUUGUUCACUAUGUAUUGUUCACUUCAUUGAUGUGACACUAAAAACUUGUUGCACCAAGGUGAAGUUAUCCUAUUGACGCCACUUGUGGCACACGCCUGUGUAUUGCACCUUGUUACUUUUUCUUUCGGCUCCCCAGGGCAUGUAGUGUUGUGAGUGUUUAACACCCCGAGUGGAUUUGUAGGCACAACUAUCGUGCAGUCAGUUUGUUCCAGUAUGUCUUUAUUAUCUGCCGUGUAAUUGACCGAGUUAGAUUUUGAGCACUAAGCUAAGCACACUUAUGUCUACCACCGAUAUUAUUCAGACGUAUCUAAACAUGUAUAUACCUACUUCGCAAUCUUGUUUUUUUAAAUAAAGUGUUGCACAUAUAAACA